CGUUUUUACGCGCGUCAACGUGCUCAACUAUUUUACUGGCUUUCUUGUUCUUACUUGAGUGGCUCACUGAUGUCUCUCUCGAAAUCGCUUCUCCAAGUCGGCUCGACUCGUGUCAUACAAAGAUGCAAAACGGAACGUAGACGGUUGCAUUGAUGACGCGGUUUCGUUCGGCAGUUUGUUGCGGCGAGAGUGGUAUACGAUUAAGUUCUCCUACCAACGGCACUAAUACUCGACCCUAACGAUACGUCGUCGCACUGCGCAUAUCUUGAAAAUGACUUCACGCCCCCUCCUCGUAUUUUUGAAAACAGUUUCUGGAAGGACUAAACUAAGACAAGCAUAAAGUACCGAAUAGAGCAUCUGAGAUAGUUCAAACAGAAGACAACCGCUUAGAAGGAGUGCUAAAUAAGUGAUCCAGUGUUGUGAAUAAGCAGAAGACGUGAGAGUACGCAAGAAGGUGAAGACGAAAAAGUAGGUUUCGUAAAUAAACUCAUACAAGAUCAGAAAUAACUGACACUAGAAACAAGAACAUGGCUUGUAUUCUAUCCCUUAACUUCACUGAAGUAUGAUUCCUCUACGCGGCCUUCCUGAUCGUGCAUCUCAGUACGCAUAAUUCCAAUCGUGCAUAAUCAGUUCAUCAGUGAAUCCGGUUACUUGCGGUAGUGUUAAUAGUAGUUGUGACUUGUAAACGAUGUCUCGUAACGUGUCGUGUCCUGCCCAUGGUAACAAUUUAUAGAAAGACACUAGAAGCAAGAAAUCGUACAAGAUAUGGCGAUGUCUCUGUGCGCUUCUUCAUAGCAUUGUGGAUUAUCGGAUCUCCAUUGGUUUUUUUUUCGCUCUUGUUUGCUUGUGCAUAGGUGUAUUAUAUCAUACUAUUUGAUAACGGCUUUGUGUGUUUUUAUUCGUUCGUCUGAUCAACUCCCUUAAUAGUGGCGGUGAUCACAAAACCACGACUGCUGCUGUUACUUCUCUCGAUUUGCCGUUUAACGAGUGCCGUCGAGUAGUAGCUGCUGCAGCCCCCGUUGCUAUAUUCUUGGUGUUGUUUGGGUUUUGUCAACCUACAUUGUGGAUAUCAUGUGGGUCUCAGUAACAGCGACGCAGAUAUUGGGAUUUUCGCUACUCCUGUGCGGCUGGAUGGCGGCCGCAGCCACAACUGUAGGGGCAAGCAGACUUAGUUCACGGACGGUGACAACCCGCUACGGUGCAUUGAAGGGCAAUAUCGUCACGUUGGAACAGGCGUCACGGACGGGUCUACAGCCGGUCGAGGUAUUUCUUGGUGUCCCGUAUGCGUCACCACCGACGAACAGCAUGCGCUUCAUGCCCCCAGGCACACCCACACAAUGGAAGGGCAUACGAAUGGCGGAUCGCUUCGCCCCCGUAUGCCCCCAGCGGCCGCCGGAUAUCCGUAACGAGACAGAGGCUCUCAAGAGAAUGCCCCGGGGUCGUCUUGAAUAUUUCCGCCGACUCCUACCGUUCCUACACAAACAGAGCGAGGACUGUCUUUACUUAAAUAUCUAUUCGCCUGCUAUCGUUGGUCGUUCACCGAUGCAUCUGCCAGUCAUGGUAUUCAUUCACGGCGAGUCAUUUGAAUGGAACUCGGGGAACUCGUUCGAUGGAACAGUUCUUGCGAGCCACGGCAACGUCGUGGUUAUUACGCUCAACUAUCGUUUAGGCAUCUUUGGUUUUCUACCUCCCCUGGAAAGCGGCAGAGGAGGUAACAACGGCCUGUUAGACGUUGUCGCAGCUCUUCAUUGGGUGGCUAGUAACGUGGCCGAGUUCGGAGGCGAUGCACGCAAUGUUACGGUAUUCGGGCACGGUCACGGAGCGGCCCUCGUUAACCUGUUGAUGUUAACUCCAAUGGCAAGAGGCUUAUUCCAGCGAGCUGUGCUGAUGUCCGGAUCAGCGCUAAGCCCAUGGGCAAUUGCAAGGGAUGCGGGGAAAUACAGCCGCCGUAUUGGCCAAGCGCUCGAUUGUCCCGUUGACGACUCAAGGGCACUCGUUGACUGUCUAAAAACAAAACCCGCAUCAGAAAUUGUCAGUGUGGACAUCCGAGCUCCUGAACAUCAUUCAGCCUUUGGCCCCUGUGUGGAUGGAAUCGUGGUGGCCAGAGAGCCUCACGUUCUCAUGGAAGAGCACGCGAUGGCGCAGUUCAAAUCUUAUGACGUUAUGUUCGGCGUUACCAGCAUAGAGGCGUACUUCUUCAUCGCUGCUUCGGAAGAAAAGUACGGUAUCGAAAUCGACCGUCGGGACCGAAUAUUGCGAACUCUUAUACGGAACCUUUUUAGCUUUCAUCAGCAGGAAAUUCUUCUGACGGUUGUCAAUGAAUAUACUGACUGGACGAGACCAUUCCAACAUCCACUCAGCAUACUCGACGGUACGGCGGAGAUUCUUGGCGAUGCAUUGGUGGUUGCUCCACUAAUACGAGCGGCAAAACUUCACGCAAAGGUAGCAAAAAACUCAUUUGUCUAUCUUUUUGGGUACAUGACCGAGCAGGGUGAUUAUCCGAAUCGGGUCGGUGCUGUGCAUGGCGAAGAUCUUGCGUAUCUAUUUGGAGCCCCACUUAUGCCACUAGUCAGCCACUUUAAGAGUAACUUUAGUAAAAACGAACAGGCCCUCUCCGAGGCGUUUAUUAGCUACUGGAGUAACUUUGCGCGAGUUGGGGAUCCGAGCAUCGCGCCCGCUGCGCAGGAGAGCUCCGGCAGUGACGCCGUCGCUGAGCGUCAAAAAGGCCGGUUCGAUAAGAUUUCCUGGCCCGCGUACGACCUCACUCAUCAGAAGUACAUGUACCUUGGCGUGAAGCCAAAAAUUAAAGAUCACUAUCAUGCACACCGGCUCUCAUUAUGGAACCACUUGAUUCCGCUACUCCACAGACCGGGUGGGUCGGACGUGAGCUCAAGGCACCACCUGCUCGAGGGACACGACAACCCGAACUCGUUUGAUGGAGAGAUUCUUAAGGAUUCGAGAGGAACUCUCGAUUUGCCGCCGCGACCUACAAAUCCUUCACAUAAUGGUCAAGCAGAUUCCGGCGAUGGUCUAACAGAAGACAACAGCAGGCUGCCAGUGGAAGGUUCGGUGGCGGCUUCAGUACCAGAAAACGCAGCCGCUUCGGUCGUGUCGAACGGAAGCGCGUCGGGGACCGGUGAAACGGGUCUGUCUCCUCCCAUUUCUUUAGACACGCUGUUCCUCCAGUACGGUAGCUACUCGACAGCGCUUUCGAUCACCGUCGCUGUAGGCAGCUCCCUACUCGUGCUAAAUCUGCUCAUCUUUUGCGGAGUUUACUAUCAGCGUGACCGAGUCAAAGAAGAGAAGAAAGAAAAGCCAAAAAAACAGCGGAGACGUAGUAAAGAAGGCGUAGUGCAGUCCGCUUCAAGUAGGUGCAGCCUUAACUCGCAGAGUAACUACAGCCUAAGCAAAGAGCAGCAGGAAAUGAUGGUGACGGCAAGCAUUCUGCGCAAUCCACCACCAUCACCGCCCAGACAGGCGACGCUGCCUUCAGCGCUAAGUCCACCAAAGGGACACCAGCCCGGCGGACCCGAUCGCGGGUCGACCGUUCAACGGCACCAGGUCUCCAUCAACCAUCAUAUGGGCCCACCGCAUCAUCAAAGCGGGCACAUGAUGAAGAACACUGGCCAGCCUCCACAGGUGCAUUUUCAGAUGGGGCCACCGUCGUCUGUCGCAGACGUCGACUAUCGCGGCCUGAUCGAGAACGAGGCGCUCAACCUUGAGCUCAAUGGGGGCGGAAGAUUAAGCCUUCCUCGCCAGCCUAAAGGCCCCUUCGAUAGUAUACCGGGAACUCUUCCGCGAAACCGAGCUCAGCCAGCUGCGAUGAGUGUACUUCCAUCCUCGGUGAUCUUUACAGUACAAAGCCAGGCCAAUGAGACACCGAUGGACGGCUCGAGUGACCUGCGCGGACCACAAGGAAGCGUCGACGUGAUGCUCAACCAACAGCUCUGAAGCGGAUCCUGAGGCCGAUCGUCUGAGAAAGGCAGCCCUCAAAGGCAUGGAAGGGUAGCGAAAAAUGAAAAUCAAGGAAAAGAAGUAUAGAAAACAAGGCAAAAUGAAGAAAAGCUGGUUUACGACGACACUGUGGCCCACGCGCGGUCUGCCUGCUCGCAGACUGGCGAUACUGUAGAAGAUCAGCGGUUUGCUAGGCGAUAUCAGAGUAAUGGUUUGGGUGGCUCUGUGUAUAUUGGUAUCUUGAUAUACUUCAGUGUAAGACGUGAUCCUUAGAUUGGCCCGCGGCUAGAUUUUUUUGUCUCUUUGCCGUUCGAUGCGAAGAAUGACCGUCCGCAACAGGCCGUUUGUAUUGAGAUUGCAGAUGGAAAACUUGAUUAGGUUUAAUUGAAUGAAGCUGUGAUUGGCAAAGGGGGUUAGACUUAGGGCAGAAUGAUAAGCGCUGUGGGGAGAGGAAUUGGAUACAGUAGAGAAGAUUCUGUACAGCUAUUAAGGAAGUGAUAUAUAUACACCUGUAUAUCUGUAUUGAGGGCCGGGUAGGAUAGUGGGCGUGAAUGACAUAAACCAUACGUUUGGAGAAAAGGACCCCGCGCGAUUUUCCACUAAAAAUUUCAGAGUAGAUAACCUCCUGGACGCGUCUGUCCAACCGCUCAUCUUGCUAUGCUGCAUCACGCUGGCCCGUCCUGGAAGUGCCGAAGACAGGACCGUAACAAAGAGAAUGUUAGGUUUCCCUAAGAGGGAAUGCGUGAUCGUUUGAAACACAAUCACGUAUUCUAGUGUAAAUGAUGUAAAUAGUAAUAAACGGACGUUUAUCGUAAGAACUUACUUGUAUUCUUAAUAAGUGUCUACGGCAAGUCUACAUAGAAUACAGAUUGAAUAUCCUUGUUAUAAUGUACGAUAAUGCACCGAAUUAUUACUAUUAUUAUACGUAUAUGUUUUGAGUCGGUUUGGCUUAUUAGUACUAUAACAAUGCCUCCCAUGUGAUACCGAGCGGUAACAAUUCCUCUUCCAGAUGUAACCCGAAAUCAGGUUCACCUAGUCUAAACCUAAACCCAAGUUCGAAAUCCAAUUUCGUUGCAAGUGUACAUGAGAUUAUUGCAUUAUCUUGUUACGUUUUUACUCAAGUUAUUCCUUUUAUUGCACUACGAUCUUCAUGUUGUAACUAUUGCGCAGCUUUACUCCAGCCAAUUUAUUGGAUCGAGCGUUCAUUGUCCUUAUAUUAUCCUACACUAGCAAUUCAGUCGUAUUGUGUUGGAGAUUUCAAUUUUGCAUACGUUGUUCAAGCAUUUCAUCGUCUUUUUUGCGACCCAGCACGUUCUGACAAGAAUAUUUGGUAUUGUAUUCUAGUCAUUUUGUAAGCCA